ACUACGUCAAGGGAUUUAAGUGCCCAUCUACAGAGCACAUUCACGAGAUCUGCCUCCAGCUGAACCAGUAUGGACAUGUUGAGGGUAAGAACAUUUACUUUUGGUUCCAGAACGUCAGGGCUCGAGAGAAGCAGAUGAAUAGGUGUAAUCAGGCUGCUCCAGUGCCCAUGGGAACUAGUUCUCUUGGUACUGGUGGAUCCAUCGAUCUCAAUUUUGGGUCCACUGGUUCUACUGGUGCUGGUGGAUCCAUCGACAUCAAUUUUGGGCCAGCUGGUGGAUCCAUCGACAUCAAUUUUGGGUCCACUAGUUCUACUGAUGAUGGUAGAUCCAUUGAUCUCAACUUUGGUUCCACCUAUUCUACUGGAGGACAAACAUCCCUACAACAACGAGGAGGAGAUCACCAGGAGGUUCAAACUCUUCCUCUGUUCCCCGUGCACGGCGAGGACGUCUUUGGUAACCUGAAGACUACUUCCGAGGAAGGUAGCGCAUUUGGUUACUAUUCUGGUGGCUCAGGCGGUUACCACAGUGGCUCAAACGUUUCUCUUGAGCUCAGCCUCAACCCAUCCGGAGCUGCUGACUAGGCUUAGUAUAGAAUAGUCCUCGUUUCCCUUUUUGUAAUAUAAAAUCAAUAAGAUUGUGUGCAUGUUUUCUUUUCUUUUUGUUUAACCAACAACAACACCAAGGAUCGAACCUUGGUCACUCAAUACUCUUUUCAAAACCAUCGAGAACUCUGCUGCACACAUCUUUCAUAAUGAUGCAAUAAAAACAAUCACUCAAAACCUAGCAAUCAAUUAAGUCACACAGAGGUCAAGCUAGUAUCCUCUGAGUCAAACCAAACACAAUAAUUUCGUCGCUAGAAUUAGGGAUUAAUAAAGCUAAACACUUCCUGAGUUAGUUAGGAAAAACCCACAUCUUUAGAGUUACACUUACAACUCUAAAAAAAAUCUCGAUCAUUCCAUCUAUCAAUUGCUUCAACAAGCAAUAUGUACCAUCUUAGCAUCCACUAAUCGAUACUGGUACAACACUCAGUAUCUCACCCACGAAUCACCUCACUGCUCAUUUGGUGGUAAGUCAACAUCUAGUGGUCAAAAUUCUGUGAUUAUAGCACUUCACACUAACCACGUCAUAAUCCAUAAUCUGUCCUCACAACAGUAUCUGGCCUCAUAAAUUAGUUAUACAACCCUAGCACUCCUAGAGUUGAAAACAACGUUAUUACCUAAGCUCAUACAUCAACACAAUGUCUCUUCACAGUCAAUCCUAUCACGAGGUCAUAUCAAUCUUUCCAUAAGUCAACCAUACACAAAAUCCAUCAUAGUAACAACGAAUUAUGCAUUACUACUCAACAAUAGUCAGUGAAGCAGCACUCCACAAUAAUUUCCAAUACCAUCCGCAGACCUCAAACCACACCCCGACAUUUAGCUAAUAUAUAGUAGCUAUCCUAAACACCAAACAACUGAGCAUGAAUGAAUGCUCCAUUAUAACACAAUUCCAUCACUAAGCAACCAAUAACUGCUAAGUAUUCUUCAACUCAAAACAUCUGCAUAUCCAACUAAUGGAAAGUAUCACAACUACUAGUCAAAUACUCGUAACGACUUUAGAUACAAGCAUUGGUCAAACACCAUGACCCCAACAACCAACGACUACAAUGCACAUAAGGAUACUGUUU